AUGGGGUGCAUUAAAAGCAAAGAGGACAAAGGUCCAACAAUGAAAUAUAGAACUGAUAACCCUCCAGAACUUGUUAGUUCCCACAUCAGCCAUCAUGGAUCAGAUUCUCUCCAAGCAACACAGUCGCCUGCAAUAAAGGGACCAUCAGUUAACUUUAACAGUCAUUCCAUGACUCCAUUUGGAGGACCUUCGGGGAUGACCCCCUUUGGAGGAGCCUCUUCCUCGUUUUCAGCUGUGCCCAGUCCAUAUCCUAAUAGUUUAACAGGUGGUGUAACUGUUUUUGUGGCCUUAUAUGAUUAUGAAGCUAGAACUACAGAUGAUCUUUCGUUUAAGAAGGGUGAACGGUUCCAGAUAAUAAACAACACGGAAGGAGACUGGUGGGAAGCAAGAUCCAUUGCUACAGGAAAGACUGGUUACAUCCCGAGCAAUUAUGUAGCUCCUGCGGACUCCAUUCAGGCAGAAGAAUGGUAUUUUGGUAAGAUGGGCAGAAAAGAUGCAGAGAGAUUACUUUUAAAUCCUGGGAACCAACGUGGUAUUUUUUUAGUACGAGAGAGUGAAACCACUAAAGGUGCUUAUUCCCUUUCUAUCCGUGACUGGGAUGAGGUCAGAGGCGAUAAUGUGAAACACUACAAAAUCAGAAAACUUGACAGUGGUGGAUACUAUAUCACAACUAGAGCACAAUUUGAUUCUCUACAGAAGUUGGUUAAACACUAUACAGAACAUGCUGAUGGCCUGUGUCAUAAACUAACGACUGUGUGUCCAACUGUGAAACCCCAGACCCAGGGACUAUCAAAAGAUGCCUGGGAAAUACCUAGAGAGUCUUUGCGGCUAGAAGUUAAGCUGGGCCAAGGAUGCUUUGGGGAAGUAUGGAUGGGAACAUGGAAUGGAACCACAAAAGUAGCAAUCAAAACACUAAAACCUGGCACAAUGAUGCCAGAAGCUUUCCUGCAGGAGGCUCAGAUCAUGAAGAAAUUACGACAUGAUAAACUUGUUCCGCUAUAUGCUGUUGUUUCUGAGGAGCCAAUCUUCAUAGUCACUGAAUUCAUGACAAAAGGUAGCUUACUAGACUUCCUUAAAGAAGGAGAGGGGAAAUGCUUAAAACUUCCACAGUUAGUUGACAUGGCUGCUCAGAUUGCUGAUGGCAUGGCGUACAUUGAAAGAAUGAACUACAUCCACAGAGACCUUCGGGCAGCUAACAUUCUUGUAGGAGACAAUCUUGUGUGUAAAAUUGCAGAUUUUGGUUUAGCAAGGUUAAUAGAAGACAAUGAGUACACUGCCAGACAAGGAGCCAAAUUUCCAAUUAAAUGGACAGCUCCUGAGGCAGCAUUAUAUGGUCGGUUUACAAUCAAAUCUGAUGUGUGGUCAUUUGGAAUUUUGUUGACAGAACUGGUAACAAAGGGUAGAGUGCCAUAUCCAGGGAUGGUGAAUCGUGAAGUUCUGGAACAAGUAGAACGUGGGUAUAGGAUGCCUUGCCCACAGGGCUGUCCAGAGUCUCUCCAUGAAUUAAUGAAACUGUGUUGGAAGAAGGACCCUGAUGAAAGACCAACAUUUGAAUAUAUUCAGUCUUUCUUGGAAGACUACUUCACUGCUACAGAACCACAGUACCAGCCUGGAGACAAUUUGUAAGCCAACAACCUACAUAACAUGCACAAAUCUGCCAAAUGUAAAGGACUUUCGAAGGGUUCCUCGCUUCUUUAAAGGAAUCAAAGGAAAGAAAAUCUUCACUCUGCAUGCUUUUAAUGGCAAACUGGAAUUCCAUACUACAGUUGCACAAAACCACUUUUAAACUGUU